GACAGGGGCAGGCCAGAGACACUGGGGACUCUGGCACUUGACACGGCGACUCCCGCAGUCUGUUCGCUGUUUCUAUUCAGAGAACCCAUGAAUCAAAGAGAAUAUUUUUAAAAUCCUUAAGUGGUGAAUAUUCCCCCCCUCCCCUACCUCUACACGCAUCCUACGAAGAACAAACCAGUGACAUACAGUCUCGUGACGUCACUUACCCGUGAUCCACAAUUCAACCGGAGGACCGGUGACCGAACACGAUCGCGGGGACCUUCCAGAAACGCAACAUCCUUUUCACCUCACCGGAAGCUGCUACCACCUAGCUCCUGCCUACAAAAUAAUUCACAUCGCCAACGUGAAGUACCGACCCGACCGGAUCUUUCCCCCAACCAACCGCCGCCGCUACAACUCACCAUAUUGUCAACACCGUUCGAGAGAGAUAGCCAGAGGCAGAGGAAGCUCCAGCAAUAGAUGGCCAUUGGCAUAUCGUGAAUACUACCCAUCAUGGUGGCCCAGCAGCCCUCCGGCCUCACUGCCGAGCAGACAAAGGCCCUGUUCAACAUCCUCACCCAUUUCGAAACGUACCACGAGAUCGAAGACUUCAAGAAGCCAGAAACCAUUUCCGACUAUGGCUACCCCUUUGCGCAGAGCUCCGAACCCGGCGAGGCCGUCGCCUACGCCCCAGAAUCCUCCGCGCCCCUCCUACAAUCACUCUUCACCAGAUUCGUCCUGAAGCUGCCAGGCGUCUCCUCCUUUGUCCCCGAGUUCUGGAACGUCCGCGUCCAGGGUAUCCUCAAGAACUUCGCCGAAGCCGAGCUGUCCGAGAGCUAUGAGAAGGGCGCCUUGGGUACUAGAAAGACCCUGGCGACCGCCUCGUCCACUGUAAUAGAGACCGUUGCGCGUGGCAUGAUUGGUGGCGGACCCUACAGCGACCCGGCGACCCGGCUAAAGCAGUACGAUUUGGAGAGGGCGGAAGACCUGGCGCAAGCGUGGGAUGAUGCUAUGCAUGACCUUGUGUACGAGGACCUCUGCGACAGCUUGCUCGACCAUCUUGCUGAGACGGACGAUUUUGAGUCGCACUCUCCAAUGACCAGAGCGGCGAAUGAGUACAUCAUUGUCCACCUGGCUGGACUUGCCCACCAAGUCCUAGUUGACUCCCCCGAGGGCCAGUACCUAGUCAAGCUCAUGGAGCAGGUUCACAAGAUGGUGCCAUACAACAUGGUCAGGCAGACACUCAAGGUCGGUAAUGCUGCGACCAUGAUUGCAGGCAUGAUGAAGAUCUUCCUGGCCAAGCUCAGCGUCGGCUCGGUCUCGAACUGGUUUGGCCUCACAAAGGAUGCUGCAGACGGCAUGAAUCUUAUGCAGAGGAUCAUCUCCGUCAUCCUCGGCUGGGACUGCGCAGACUUCAAGAAGACGGUCGACAGGAUCGCCAAAGACAAGAACAGGCCAAGCAAGGGCGCCCUAGACGCCAUCAAGACCCAUACCCAAUCACCUCCAACCGAGCGCGAAGUAAUCCGAGCCAUGAGCGCGCAGCAAGACAAGUCCAUCAUCGCUGUCAUCCUCGAAACCGCGAACCCUAUCCUCUUAUCUGACCUCAGCGAGGAAGAGCAUACGAUGUGCCUGGAGUACUAUGCAGCGCUACUAGCUAUCCGCGACCGGGAAGAAAUCAUCAGCAUCCUCUGCAGGCAGAGCCCGGACUACCUCACCCAGGCUGUCCGCGAGGCAGUAGCGGGGAUGGAUCCCAUCAUCCGCGCCGUACACAAUAAGGUCGACCUCUCGGACCACGUCAGGGAUUACCACAUGUUCCUCGACCAGCUGAUCGCCUGCAGCAAACCGAAGAAAGGAAAGAACAAGGACGAUCCGGAGACCAUGCCAACCGUGGAGGACUACGUCAAGCUGUGCAAGAACAACAAGCACCUCCUGUACAAGUGGCUGCACGCUGUGGGUGGUAAAUGCCCAGAAGUGAUGGACCAAUUCAGAACGUGGGCAAAGGACUCCCUGGUUGCGUUCCACAAGACCAAGAAUGGCGGCGCGAGCAUCGAGGAGCAGCUUGGCGAUAUUUUCAACCAGGUUCCCGACAAUAGCAGGGCGGCCCUGCUUCCAAUCAUUGACGCCCACGCCGUGUACCUGCGGGACCUGGAAAGACUGUCCUUGACGCGGAUGCAGACCAUCAUUGAGGGCAAUUCGACAAGCAUGGCCGGUCCGGGUAUCUACUUGGUGCGGUGGCAGAACCUGAUGGACGACACUCUCAUCACGCCGGUGAGGCCCGUCGGCCCGGUGCGAUUAGGCAGAGACGUCAAGGGGGCGGCGCCGUCGCAGGGUAAGCGGGGUUCCGCGUCGAGCGAUGCCGGCGAGAUCAUUGCGGCGGUACGCGACAUGAAUCUGUCUUCUCUACCUGAAGCGCCAGAUGUGCAGGCCGUCAUCCAAGCGCUAGGGCCUAGGUUCAAACAGAUGCUCACGGUAGCGUCUAGAGCCAACGGUCCUCCAACGAAUGGCGCGGCCAAUGGAAAUGCUGCGUCAGUCUGAGCUUGGAUGGACUGCAGACGAGUACCAUGACAUGUUUUUGAGGACUUCUUUUGGCCUUUCGGGGUGGAUUAGCAUGGUGUCACAUGAUGACUACUACAAACGACUUGCAUAAGAACAUGGUUUGAUGGUCUUUAGGGAUUGGCCAGGCGUUUACGGGAAUUGGUGUUACCUUGGACUUGGACUGGACUGCUAGUACUGGACGGCAGGCGGGAUACUUGCUGUAGAGCCAGCCAUAGACAUUGAACAGAGAUGGCACAAAGUAACCGGAAUAUCGCAGUGCUGUGACAGUGGUAGCCUGAGAAAACUCGCCGUGGCAACGUGAGGUAUUCGACGAGCCAAGAGCAUUGGCAUACGUGUGCGAAGCUUAUCCCAGCCUUGACUGGCAGAACGAAGUACGCGUGCCUA